CGGCCGCGGCACAGGGCCAGGUUCGACGGAUCACCCGUGCGGUUCGCAUAUUCGCACUUUGCUUCCGACCGCCUUGCGGGUCGCCGCCAUGCGUUGUCGACGUCUCGUCCUGUUGCUCCUUUGCGCGGCCGUCGGCCAGUCGUCUAUAAUCGGCCAAAACGACCGCGGGAGCGUUCACAAGACGGGCGCGGACGCGAUGGAGUACGUUCCGCUGCCGGAGGACUUCUUGUUCGGCGCUGGCACGUCCGCGAUGCAGGUCGAGGGCGCGUGGAACGUAGACGGGAAAAGCCCGAGCGUUAUGGACGUUUUCCUUCAGCAUGAGAUGCCACCACCGUAUGCUGAUAUGAAACAGCCGAACGUAACCGCAGACUCGUAUCAUCGGUACAAGGACGACGUGGCAAUGGCAGCCGCCCUCAAGCUUCAAGUUUACAGGUUCUCUGUGUCAUGGCCUCGUGUCCUUCCAGAAGGGGACACGUCCGUCAUAAAUCAGGAUGGCGUCAAUUACUACAAAAAUCUCAUUGAAGAGCUCAUAAAGCACAACAUUCAGCCCAUGAUAACCAUGAACCACUUUGACUAUCCGUUCGCAACUCUCAAGAAAACUGGAGGCUGGGCUAACAAGGCUAUCGUCCCAGCGUUUAGAGAAUACGCAGACUUUCUCUUCAAAACCUUCGGCGACAAAGUGCGUCUGUGGACCACGAUAAACGAGGCCAACUACUACUGCAUGAACUUUGCCCUCUUACCCGUGCCGGGCUUGUACGAGCCCCAGGUCGGCGACGACUACAAGUGCGUCCACCACACGAUCCUGGCGCACAUGGAGGCUUACCGCGUGUACGAGGAGAAGUACCGCAAGACCCAGGGAGGCAAGAUCGGAGCGGCCGCGCUUACGCUGUGGUGCCGACCCAACUCCACCUCCUACGAGGACAUCCAGGCGGCCGAGCGCGGCAACCUGUUCGCCCUGGGCUCCAUCUACCAUCCGGUGGUGCACGGCGACUACCCGGAAGCCCUCAAGGAGCGCGUCGCGCACUACAGCGCGCUGGAGAACCGGCCGACCUCCCGCCUGCCGAGCUUCACGGACGAGGAGCGCGCGCGACUCAAGGGCAGCGCCGACUUCCUCUGCUUCAACGCGUACAUGGGCACCACGGUGGCGGACGGCACCAAGAAGCCACGGCCCGCGGGCGGUGGCACGAUCCAGUCUGACCGCGACGCCGCCGAGGUCGGCACCGACACGAGGCCGGGCUUCUUCGGGGACUUGUUCAUGCGGGCCAACCCCUGGGUGCUGAGAGACGCGCCGCUCUGGAUCCGCGACAACUACAAGAACACGCCCCUCUUCAUCACGGAGAACGGCUGGGGAGACGAGAGAGGCAAUACCAACCCCAAGGCUGACCCCCUCGACGACGAGCCCAGGGUUGGCUACCACAGUGUAUACCUGCAGGAGCUGAUCCGCACCGCCACGGAGGAGAACGUUAACAUAAUGGGCUACCUAGCCUGGAGUCUCAUCGACACCUACGAGUGGACGGCCAAUUUCGGGCGAAAGUUUGGUCUUGUGCACGUGGACUACGAAAACGGCUCACUGAAUCGGACCCUCAAAAAAUCCGCGUGGUUUUUCCAGGAGAUUGGCACCAACAGAAGAGUGCCAAAAGUACCUUUCACAUUCGUCCCUGGUUCCAGUACCGGAGCUGGAACCAAAACUGUACCAAUCCAUUACGCUGUGCCUUUCCUAUUCGCUAUUGUAUUAAGCUUCUUACAUUGAUUAGAAAGAAAUAUUUGAUCUAAGAAAUUGUCAUUAAUUUUUCCUAGCUUUACCAAAGAACUUUAUGAAGUUAUCUAAUUUAAAAAGAUCUAGUAUUUAUUUUGUACUUUUAUUGAUGCUAAACGCAAAUUUUAGUGAUAGCUCACGUGAAAAGUAAAAUGCGAUUUUUACCAACAGAA